AGUAAACUUCCCAGUGACUGUUUCUAUUUCUCCUGGGAGCUGCAGCUGUACUGUUACAGCCAGCAUUCUCUCACAUAAGUAACACCAAAACAAUUGGAGAACUCUCCCUGUCGGGACAACUUUCAAGAAGAGAAUAAUGAUGGUGUUGGUGAAGGUGUUGAUUGGGAUUGUGUGCGGAGCUGUCAUACUGACUAUGGGGAUUCUUAUUGGAAACUAUGGUAUCGCAAAGAGCAGCAGCUCUGCACCGUCCUGGGUCAAAGAUGUGGUGAAGGAUGUGGAUGAGAGUUUUAUCGAGAAGUUCUUGUCUGAGGUGGACAACAUUCAGAUUCAGGAGAACCUCCGGGAGCUGACCAAAGUGCCCCACAUGGCCACCACAGCUGGAGACGAGCAGACUGUGCAGUAUAUGCUGAAAAGAUGGCAGGACCCCAAAACCGGCCUGGAUGAGGCCUGGAGAGAGGAAUACAUGGUCUACCUGUCAUUUCCUGACCCCAAGAAACCCAACAAGGUCACUGUAGUGAGCCCGUCUGAAACCGUGCUGCACACCGUCAGAGCAAAAGAGAAGAGCUACACUCCAGACCAAGAUGAUCCUGAGGUGGUUCAGCCAUACGCUGCAUACUCCCCUGCUGGAAACGUAAUGGGGAAAUUGGUGUACGCCAAUCAGGGGAAACUAAGUGACUACCAGGAGCUGAAUAAGACACUGGACCUCAGUGGAACCAUCGCUAUCACCAAAUAUGGUGGAGCAGGAAGAGCUGCUAAGGCCAUCAAUGCAGCACCCUUUGGCGUCGUUGGUGUGCUCGUUUACACAGACCCUCUGGACAUCAACGAUGGUCUCAUGUCUGACAUUAAUGAGACUUAUCCACACUCAUGGUAUCUGCCGCCCUCUGGUGUGGAGAGAGGUUCCUUUAACACUCACUAUGGAGACUUACUCACACCCUACCUGGCAGCUAAAGAGAAAACCUACAGAAUUCCAGUUAAGGACAUUACUGGGAUUCCUCCUAUUCCAAUUCAACCAAUCGGAUUUGAGGAUGCCUUCAUACUUAUCUGUAAGCUUGGCGGAGAAGCAGCACCCAUUACAUGGCAGGGAGGAUUCAACUGUACCUACAACUUUGGAGGUCCAGGGUUCAGGAAUACAUCAGAGUUUAAUGCCAGUGAUGUGAAACUGGAUAUCUUCAACUAUGGAGAAGUGAAGAACUCCUCCAAUGUGAUGGGCAUUAUCAGAGGGAGUGUAGAGCCAGACAGGUACGUGAUCUAUGGGAACCACAGGGACAGUUGGGUUCACGGUGCCAUCGACCCCAGCAGCGGGACGUCGGUCAUGCUGGAAUUGACAAGAGUACUGGGCCAGAUGGUGAAGCAGGGAAAAUGGAGGCCUCGCAGGUCAAUCAUCUUUGGAAGCUGGGGAGCGGAGGAGUUUGGCCUCAUUGGGUCUGCAGAAUACACAGAGCAAUACUUCACAAAGCUGAGUGAACGCACCAUUGCUUACAUCAAUGUGGAUAUAGCUGUCUUUGCCAAUGUCACCCUCAGAGCCUCGGGGAUGCCAUCACUACAGAACGUCAUCUUUAAUGCCACAAAACAGGUCAAAGCACCUGGAAGUGUCUCCUCGUCUGUGUACGAUAACUGGCUCAAGUAUUCCAAUCGGACAAGCCCAGAACACGGAGACAUUCCCAAGAUGGGAUACCUGACAGGAGCAGGGAGUGACUAUGCUGCCUUUGUCCAUUACCUGGGAAUCACUUCCAUAGACAUGUCAUACACAUAUGACAGGAGUAAAACAAAUGCUCGGAUUUAUCCUGCUUACCACACAGCCUAUGACACCUUCGACUAUGCCUCAAAGUUCAUUGAUCCAGGGUUUACCAGUCACCAGGCUGUUGCCAGGACAGCAGGAAACGUCCUGAUCCGAUUGGCUGACAGCCUGGUAUUGCCAUUCAUCUGCAGUGACUACGCUGAAGUCUUAAAGGCCUUCCUCAAUAUAGCAUUGAACCUAUAUAAGACCCAACUGCAAGCUAGAAACAUUUCCAUGGAACCACUGGAACGCGCAGUGGAAAGCUUUACGAGUGCGGCAUCUCAUUUGGAUCAGGUGAUUCAAAGCUCAGACCUGGCAAAUGAAACACCACUGAAAGUCAGAAGGAUUAACGACCAGCUCAUGCUGCUGGACCGCGCUUUCUUGAACCCUCUUGCAUUCCCAGAUAAAUAUGCAUUCAGACAUGUAAUCUGGGCUUCCAGCAGUGCCGGAAAGCAAACCUUUCCUGGUCUUGCUGAUGCUUUUGUCAAAGCUGAGUCAUCAGGACAAUCCAGCGACUGGGACAAAGUGCACUACCACCUGUCAGUCCUGAGCCAGGCCAUCGAGGGCGCCGCCAACACACUGGUGGAUGUAAUAUAGUGGAGGAGAAGGAGAAAAAAAAACAGCUAUAACUCAGGGAUUUAUUUGAAUAAAACUCAGGGACUUUCAGCCAAUGAGAACCAGUUAGACAGUGAAUGAUGGGACUUUUUUAUGGAUGAUUUUAAGUGAAGGGGAACAAUGAUUAAAGGUCCUCCUCAAACAGUUUCAUGAAUGAUGUCUUCACACUGCCACAAGUAUAAAAUGUUAAUAAAUGAAACUUAUUAAAGUGCUGCAGUGAAGAUGAA